AUGCAACCUGAGUCUGUGAAUGCGACGACAGAUCCAAACAGACCUUUGCAUUGGGGACAGCUCAACUUCAUCCACACCAGCGACUCUCAUGGAUGGCUCGAAGGUCAUAUCAAGGAGGGGAACUAUGGUGCGGAUUGGGGUGACUUUGUUUCUUUUGUGAAGCACAUGAGGGACAAAGCAACAAACAACAACGUUGACCUUUUACUCAUUGAUACUGGGGAUUUGCAUGAUGGGAAUGGUCUCAGUGACGCGACAGACCCCAACGGCAAGAUCACGAAUCCAAUAUUUGAGAAUAUCGACUACGAUCUUCUCACACCGGGGAACCAUGAGCUGGGUGUCGCCGACAUUGCAUACGAGACAUUCACCAACUUUACAAAGGUGUAUGGGGACAAGUACCUGGCCAGUAAUAUUGAUAUCUGCACGAAUUGUCACAACAGCAACCCAAGCAAACAGGAAUGGGCGCCCAUGGCAAAAAGAUCUCGAUACUUCACCACGAAACAGGGCUUGCGAAUCAUGGCUUUCGGGGUGAUUUUGGAUGUGACUAAUAACAACAAGAGCAUGACCAGAAUUCAGCCCGCUGCAGACAUGAUAAAGGAAGACUGGUUUAACGAGGCCAUCAAUCGUACGGAUAUUGAUCUUUUCGUACUCAUUGGACACAAUCCAGUCAAGCCUGGCAUCGCAGGAGGCGAAAGCACCUAUCCACUUCUAAUGCAAACUCUCCGGUCCAAGCGCCCUGAUAUUCCGGUACAGGGAUUCGGGGGCCAUACGCACCGCCGUGACUUUUACAUCUAUGAUCCCAAGUCCUCGGCCAUAGAAUCAGGCAAAUACUGCGAUACUGUGGGCUGGCUCUCCUUGGACGGCAUCAAAUCCCAACCAGCUCAAAGAGAGAACCCCGAAAUCAAAGAUACUGUUAGUGAAAGAGCCGUAGCUAAUCUGGUCAAUUCAUCCUGCACUCAGACCAAAGAGUUUGAUAUGCAACUGACACGUCGCUGGUUGGAUUGGAAUCGGCGAAGCUUCGCCUAUCAUGCGCCAGGAUCCCAGCACAUCUUCAACACUGCCGACGGACUCCGGGUUAGCGAAAAGAUCACAGACAGCCGAACGGAUCUUAAUCUGACCUUUACUUACGGAUGUGCACCACAAUCGUACUGCAUAUCGUGCAAGCCCUUUGGCGACGAGGGCAAUGUCUAUACCUUGAUGCAGAAGGCUGUAGCAGCGACUGUCAUUAACCCGAAUCGGAUGUCAAAUUCGAGGAUGAUAAUUAUCAACAGGGGAGCCAUCCGCUAUGACUUGGUUCAAGGACCUUUCACUUUAGAUGAUUCCUACAUCGUCUGUCCCUACACGACCCCCUUCAAGUACAUUGCCAAUGUUCCUUAUUCUCUCGCUUCCCAAGUUCUCGAUUCUAUGAAUUUGGCAAAGAAAAGCACCAAACGGUCUAUGACCGUCGAUACUAUAUCAAGUCAGAUGCUAGGAUAUGACGAGUGCACCAAUGCCUCGCCUCACAACCUGAAUGGAACCGACCUCGCCAAGCCCAAGACCCUUUUCCGCCGUGUCCUUGACGCCACAGUACUCACACCGGGGUACACCACAUGCGACGACCUUGGGAAUGAUGGUGAUGACACUCCACACUCUGAGAUUCCCGAUUAUGGAACGCCGUCUUAUAUCCAAGCUGAGGCAGCGUUCCCGGAUGGUAACCCAGACAAGGUGGACCUAAUUUUCUCGGACUUUCUUGCCGGAAAGAUCAUCGCUGCGCUGAAUGGUGCACAUCCAGCAACGAACUACACGAUGAGUGAUACUACCUAUUACCUCCCAAAGGAGUUCACGACGAAUAGUAUCAUUCCAAAGUAUGCUGCUUUGGCCUGGUCAAAUGACACCAAUAACUGCGCCGUUGGAGGAUAA